AUGCAGUCGCAAUGCUAUGUCGAAAACGUUCGGUGUGCAGAACGAUGCGUCCAAAUUGUACUGAAGUCUUGGGAUCGCUGCGAUGGCUUAUCGGGAACAUCGUACAGUCAACACUUUCAACCGGAUUACCUUGACCUGGUAUCAGCUAACAGAACGCAGUGUUGUAUUGAUAGGCGUUUACAGUCCGCCACUGAUUUGGAUGUUUGCGAUCGAGCUUCGAUUGACUGGCAGUGCUAUCGAGAUCAUUUUGGAACUCUAACAGAAGCUGCACAGUACGUUCCGAUGCCGAAACUCUUGACUCUCAACGCCCUGACUACAUGUUCCAAUAUGCUGCAAAUCGACAAUCCAGCGCUGCGUCUUAUGGGUUUUAGCAAGAAAGCCUCGAUGAAGGCACGCUGCCUGAUACGUUGUGUAGUGAUUCGGCAAGGUUUGUACAAAGAUGUGACAGGGCUCAAGCUGGAUCGCUUCGCCGUCCAAAUGAAGAAAUCCGUAGACUCGUAUCAGGAAGACGUAUUCCAAUGUCUCACGUUUUUGCGUGAUCUUAACCUCGAUAAUUGCAACCUUGCCGCGCGAACCAUUUUAGAAUGUUUUGACAGAGACAGUAGUUUGUACGAACAAUUUGUUUUUUCAUUUUUCGCUGUACCUCCUCGGUUCCGGAGAUGA